GGCGAAACCAUAGGUGUGUAUUCGCUACGCUGGAUGAUUCGACACACACGGGUGGAGGGCCACUGAAUCACCGAUCUUCGUUGGCUCGUCUUCCUGUCUGAUUUCACUCUGUUACUACUCGAUUAGUCAAAUUAGCUUCUAGGGCUUGGAAUUGUGUCUGUGUGUUGCUUGUUCGCACUGCUCUCUGCAGCGACAAUGACGUGCUACUCUCGUCAAAUGAGGCUAUCGGCGUCUCUGAUCAAGCGUUUGAAGAGAACAGCCGCCGGUGCGAGCACCACCAGGUCCUUCACCACCACCGAAGGCCAUCGGCCGUCCAUUGUGCACAAGCGCAGCAUCGAUAUUCUUCACGAUCCAUGGUACAACAAGGGAACAGCUUUCUCCAUGACGGAGCGCGACCGUCUCGAUCUUCGUGGACUUCUACCUCCAAAUGUUAUGUCUUCAGUACAGCAAAUUGAACGAUUUAUGGUUGACCUGAAGAGACUUGAAGUGAAUGCUAGGGAUGGACCGUCUGAUCCAAAUGCUUUAGCCAAGUGGCGGAUACUUAACAGAUUGCAUGACCGAAAUGAGACAAUGUACUACAAGGUCUUAAUUGCUAAUAUUGAGGAAUAUGCACCCAUAGUCUAUACUCCUACAGUUGGUCUUGUAUGCCAGAAUUAUGGUGGAUUAUUUAGAAGGCCCAGGGGGAUGUAUUUCAGUGCUGCUGAUCGGGGAGAAAUGAUGUCAAUGGUUUAUAAUUGGCCAGCUGACCAGGUUGAUAUGAUUGUCGUAACAGAUGGAAGCAGAAUAUUGGGUCUUGGUGACCUUGGAGUUCAGGGUAUUGGUAUUGCAAUUGGAAAGCUGGAUUUAUAUGUUGCUGCUGCUGGAAUGAAUCCUCAGAGGGUACUUCCUGUCAUGAUUGAUGUUGGAACCAGCAAUGAAAGGCUUCUCAAGGAUCCUUUGUAUUUGGGAUUGCAAGAACACCGCCUUGAUGGAGAAGAGUAUCUUGCAGUUAUUGACGAGUUCAUGGAGGCUGUGUUCACUCGUUGGCCACACGUUAUUGUCCAAUUUGAAGAUUUCCAAAGCAAGUGGGCCUUUAAGUUAUUGCAGCGUUACAGGAAUACCUACAGAAUGUUUAAUGAUGAUGUCCAGGGAACAGCAGGAGUUGCAAUUGCUGGUCUUUUGGGAGCUGUAAGAGCACAAGGAAAGCCAAUGAUUGACUUCCCAAAGAUGAAGAUAGUUGUCGCUGGAGCUGGAAGUGCAGGAAUCGGGGUUCUUAAUGCUGCUAGGAAAACCAUGGCAAGAAUGCUAGGAAAUAAUGAAACUGCUUUCCAGAGUGCACGGAGUCAAUUCUGGGUAGUUGAUGCCCAGGGUCUGAUCACAGAGGAGCGUGCGCAUAUUGACUCAGAGGCCUUGCCAUUUGCAAGGAAAGUCAAAGAAGCUGAUCGUCAAGGACUAAAAGAAGGGGCAAGUCUUGUAGAAGUGGUGAAGCAAGUAAAACCUGAUGUACUGCUUGGGUUGUCAGCUGUUGGAGGCCUGUUUUCCAAAGAGGUGUUAGAGGCACUUAAAGGUUCAACUUCGACCAAACCAGCAAUCUUUGCCAUGUCAAACCCUACAAAAAAUGCUGAAUGCACUCCUGAGGAAGCAUUUUCAACUCUAGGCGAGAACAUUAUAUUUGCAAGUGGAAGUCCAUUUCAAGAUGUGGAUCUUGGAAAUGGUCAUAUUGGGCAUUGCAACCAAGGAAACAACAUGUACAUAUUUCCUGGGAUUGGACUUGGUACUCUUCUGUCUGGCUCUAGGAUCAUAUCUGAUGGCAUGUUACAAGCUGCAGCUGAGUGCCUGGCUGCAUAUAUGACAGAGGAAGAAGUUCACGGUGGAAUUAUAUAUCCUUCAAUAUCUAGAAUACGUGAUAUAACAAAGAAGGUAGCUGCAGCUGUGGUUAAGGAAGCUAUAGAAGAGGAUCUGGCAGAAGGAUACCGUGAAAUGGAUGCCCGAGAACUCCGAAAACUUAACCAGGAGGAAAUUGAGGCAUACGUGCACGAUAACAUGUGGCGUCCAGAGUACCCAACAUUAGUUUUCAAGAAUGAUUAAGUACUUUAUGCCCUGGGAAAUAUUUGGUUAUUAAUAACGAAUGCUUGGCUAAUGGUUAUAGUGUUGUACUAAGGUGGUUCUAUGCAAUAUUUGUAUCACAACAGAAAAGUACUGUUGCCUGUAUUUAUUGUAACAAUUGAUCAUUAUUUGGCACAUAAUCCCACUUCGCUAUAAAAUGUGCAAGGUUCACAUAGAAUUUUAAAGAUU